AUGGGGUUCUUCCUUCUUUCACGAGUCACGGUCGUGCACUCCGGUCAUCAUCUCAAGUUUUCAUGGUGGGUUGACGCAGAUGGAGUCGUUCCUGAAGGCUUUCUUCCCCGACAUCUUGGAGAAGAUGAACAACGCGACGCAGGACGAGUACUGCAUCUUCGACAGCCAGCUGCUCACCACAUUUGUCUCGUCGCUGUACCUCGCCGGCAUGUUCGCCUGCCUGGUCGCGGGCCACAUCACCAGAAGAUUGGGCGGCGGAACUCGAUGCUCAUCGGGGCCUCGCUCUUCUUCGUCGGCUCCGUGCUCAACUGCACCGCCGUGAACGUGGCUAUGCUCGUCAUCGGCCGCGUCCUCCUGGGCUUCGCCGUGGGGUUCACGAACCAGUCCGCGCCGGUGUACCUGGCGGAGAUCGCGCCGGCGCGAUGGCGUGGGGCGUUCACCAGCGUGUUCCACUUGUUCCUGAACGUGGGCAUGUUCGUGGCCGACCUGGUGAACUACCGCGCCAACACCAUCGCCGUGUGGGGCUGGCGGCUGUCCCUCGGCGUGGGCAUCGUCCCGGCCACCGUCAUCAUGGUGGGCGCGACGUUCAUCCCGGACUCGCCCAACAGCCUCGUGCUGCGCGGGAAGCCCGACGCUGCCCGCGCGUCGCUGCAGCGCAUCCGCGGGAGGUCCGCCGACGUGGACGUGGAGCUGAAGGACAUCAUGCAGGCCGCGGAGGAGGACCGGCGGUACGAGUCCGGCGCGUUCCGGCGCAUCGUCCGGCGCGAGUACCGCCCGCACCUGGUGAUGGCCAUCGCCAUCCCGGUGUUCUUCGAGCUGACGGGCAUGAUCGUGGUGACGCUCUUCACGCCACUCCUCUUCUACACCAUCGGGUUCACGAGCCAGAAGGCGAUCCUGGGGUCCAUCAUCACCGACGUGGUGAGCCUGGCGUCCAUCGCCGUCGCCGCGGUGGCCGUGGACCGGGUCGGGCGGCGGUCGCUGUUCAUGGUGGGCGGGGCCAUCCUGCUGGCGUGUCUGGUGGCCAUGGCAUGGAUCUUCGGCGCCGAGCUGGGCACCGACGGCGAGAAGGCGAUGCCGCGGCCCUACGCCGUGGCGGUGGUGGCGCUGGUGUGCCUGUUCACGGCCGGCUUCGGCGUGUCGUGGGGCCCGCUCAAGUGGAUCAUCCCCAGCGAGAUCUACCCGCUGGAGGUGAGGUCGGCGGGGCAGGGGAUGAGCGAGGCCAUCUCGCUGGCGCUCACCUUCGUGCAGACGCAAUCUUUCCUCAACAUGCUCUGCAGCUUCAAGUACGGCGCCUUCGCGUACAACGCGGGCUGGGUGGUGGUCAUGACCGCGUUCAUCUUCUUCUUCCUGCCGGAGACCAAGGGCGUGCCCAUCGAGUCACUCCGCGAGGUGUGGGCGCGCCACUGGUACUGGAAGCGCUUCGUCAAGCCGCCGCCGCCGUCAGCCCCCAAAGUGGUGGAUGGGCCGAUCGUCAACAUUAUUACCAGUGACCAUGCUGAUCGGUGGCAUGUUUUUCUUGGCCGGCGCCAUUCUCAACACCUCCGCCGUCGACAUCAGCAUGCUCAUCAUUGGCCGCAUCCUGCUUGGCUUCGCCGUCGCGGCUUCACCAGCCUGGUGAUCACUCACUGCUCAGCCAAUGCGCACGAUUUGCUCACCGUAACUCGCAAGGAUAUAUACAGAAGUCUGCACCCGUGUACCUGGCGGAGAUCGCACCGGCACGGUGGCGAGGCGCGUUCACGACCUGCUUCCACUUAUUCUUCUAACGUGGGCAUGUUCAUGGCGGACAUGGUGAACUAUGGCACCAACUCCAUCCCGAGGUGGGGCUGGCGCCUCUCGCUCGGCGUCGGCCUCGUCCAGGCUGCCGUUGUCAUCGGUCCUGUUGUUGAGGCUGCGAACAUGCUGAUCGUCGGCGCGGCGCUCAUCCCUGACACGCCCAACAGUCUGGUGCUGCGUGGGAGGCUCGACGAGGCCCGCGCCUCGCUGCGGCGCAUCCGCGAGGACGGGGCAGCGGCCGACACCGGCGCGGAGCUCAAGGACAUCGUCCGCGCCAUGGAGCAAGACCGCAGGCACGAGUCCGGCGCACGCGGAUAA